AUGUAUGCUAUUUUGAUUCCAAUACUCUUUUUAAAAGUUUUCAUUUAAUUAAAUGUUUAAUAAAUACUCUUUAACUUUUUAAUCAACAAAUCUAGAAUUAGAAUACAGAGAAAGUCAAAUACCUGUAGUGAAAAAGGAAUAUACAGCCUUUUCUUUGCAAGCAUGCGUAAUUUUCAUAUUGAAAAAUAGUUAUACAUGAUAUUUUAUUCCAUAUAUUACUUUAGAAGUCAGCCUUAUUUUAUCGUCAUACUACUAAGUUGUUGUUUUAUUGUUAUCUUUAUAAUCUUCUCAAAGUUUUUAAUAGAUAAAUACCCAAGUGUAAUAAACAUAAUUUUGCCUUUUCUAUAAAUAAUUAUGGCUUUGAUUUAAAGUGUUGACUAUAUUUUUAGAUAAAGCAAUCCAACUAAUUCCUAUCAUUCAAAUUAUGAUUGGUAUUACGGAUUCUGUGCUUGCUAUUUUCAUAUGGCCAUAUUUAUUCAAGGCUAUCUAUUAUUGUCAUAAGCCCUUAUAGUAAUAGGGUUACUGUUAGCUUACAUUUUAUGGGCUUAUAAUUACUCUUCUAUCUAUGUUAGUCUAUUAUUGAGUUUUAUCUCUGUUAUUGUUGGAAUGAUUGCCAUCAAAUAUAGUAUAGAGAAUAACAAGAGACAGUAAUUCCUCCACAAUCGAGAAAGAAAAAAAUGGUUUGCAAUAAUUGACACUGUCUUAGAAUAAUCUAUUUUAGUCAUUAAAUUAGAUAAACAAUAGGAUUAACUAAGAAUACAUUAAAUGAAUAAUAUUACCAAGGAAAUUUUAUAAGUUAAUAAUGACAACGAUUUAAGAACAGUUCUAAGAAACCUAACCUAUUCUAGAGGAUCAAAACUUACUAAUAAAGAAAACAAGUGUACACUUGAAAAACAUAUUAGAAUGAUGUUAUAAAGUAAUUCGUCAUCAGGUUCUGCCUUUGAAUUGAGAAAAAGGGGCUCUUAAGACAAAUUGAUUAAUUCAUUGAUAUGUCAUUCUAACUUAUUAGGUAACUAAUUCAAAGUCUAAAUUGUUAAUUACUGGACUGAUGAACAAUAAAUGGUCAUAAUGGCUACUGAAAGUAUAAAUAAUUAUUCAUAAAAUCAUGAGAAAUUAGAGUUGAACUUAAAAAAUAGACUCAUUACUUCUUUGGCUUAACAUUGUUUAAGUGUCUACUUUAAAGAAAAAGAUGAUAGAUUUGCUAAAUUACAAUGUAUGAAUUACUUUGUAUCUCUAAACAUUUUGUAGAACCCUAAUAUAAUAAAUGGAACGCCUAAUAAAAAAUACCAUAAGGAUAAGCUUAUUUAAUUAAUAAAAUCUGUUUUUGGGAGUUAACUGACUAUUAUUAACAAGUUAAAAAUAGAAAAUUUACAUAUAGAUCUAAACUCAGUUUUGCUAAUAUUCAUAUCAUUGUUUUAAUUCAGAGAGAAAAAUGAAGGUCAUAUUAAGAUAUCAUCUAAAAUAAAUGAAGAUAAAGUUGAAUCUAUUCAUUUUACUUUGAUGCAAUUUACUUAAUUAAUUAUUCCUUAAAUACGAGCUUACUUUUCAAAACCUUUAUUUUUUUUUAAUGAUUAGGAUAAAUUCGCAAUUACAUCCCAUCUUCAAUCAAAUUUAUUACAUUUAGAUAAAAAGUUGAAUUAUUAAGAUCCUUUAAAAGCAACAACUUUAAUUAUAAUGAAAUUUAUAUUAUGGCAUUACGGUUGUAAUACUUAAAUUAAAGUUAAAUAAAAAAAUAACCUCACUUACUUUUCAUUUUCUUUGCUUAAUUAAUGA